AUGCAAAAUUUUCAAAGACUCCUAGGCUUUCUCUGUCUAGUCGUGAAUGUCCUAGCGUAUCAAUACAAGAGCUUUAGUUUGUAUGGCGAGGGGCUGGCUGAAGUGAGAUCCUGCCACUCUGUACUUUACUCUUCGGUCACUUUUUGCGAAGGACAAAAACGUCGUGGCUAUUCUUGCUAUUGUUCAAACGAAAAUGCUAUGGCAUCAAUGGCUGGAUGUGUGCAGCUGAUUCAACAAGACCCUGGAAACGUUUUCGAAUGGUUUGUCUCUUAUUGCAAUUCACGAAAUCAGAGCAUCACUCAAAAACAGCUUUACGCCUCACUUCAGUACUUUAAGCAAUCAGCGAAACCCUUCACCGCUUUAGCAGCGAAAUCAAAACGCUUAACAAGGAUUGACUAUCCAGUUUACGCCAAUCACACAGCUUUGAGCUUAUACUACCAAGCAUAUCGUGAGCGUUAUGACACCUUUAACUGGGCGUAUUGGUUAGCGAAUGCCCUCUACGCCUAUUGGGCAUUUGUGUUCCUCAUUGCAGCAGCUUGCAAUUGGUCAGUAGUUAUCUUCCCCGGAUUGAGAAAAAUGUUCAAUGGAAGACUUUCAAAGACGUGGAGAAGGUAUGUAACGUUACCAGCUCUCGUUAAGAAGAAAAAGACAACACACCAGCAAUUUCUUGGAAUUCUUAACCUUCUUAUUCCCACAAGGUUGGAGACUAUCAUCCUAUCAGGGUUCUUGUUGCUAACAGUUCUUUUUAACGCGUUGUACAUGCCCUACACAGAAGGCAAUCCCCUAUUCAGCACCAGAUCAAUGUUUAUUCUCCGUGUUGUUGCUGACAGAACUGGGAUAAUUGGUACUUUAUUGCUUCCAAUAUUGAUCUUGAUUGGAGGGAGAAACAAUUUCUUGCAAUGGCUCACAAAAUGGAGAUUUUCAACUUUCGUCAUGUAUCAUAGAUGGAUUGGCCGGGCUAUUGUGGCAAUGGUUUUUAUUCACUCAGUUGCGUACACUGCUUACGUGGUCAAAAAGGGUGGCUAUGCUAGCUUCAUGAGCCAAGAAUAUAUAAUAUACGGCACAGUUGCUACCACUGCUGGCUGUAUCAUUUGCUUCCAGGGUUUGCUCUACUUACGCCGAAAUUGGUAUGAAGUCUUCUUAGUGAUUCAUAUUUUGAUGGCAGUUGCAUUUAUGUUGGGCACAUGGAUGCACAUACGAAUGCGUAUGUACAUGGAAUGGCUCUUUGCAUCCGUUGCCGUGUGGUCAUUUGACAGACUUGUCAGAAUUCUCCGGAUGAUCUGGUUUGGCUUUCCCCAGGCUACUGUGACUUUGCUUGCCGAUGACUGCUUGCGAGUGGUGGUUCCAAAACCGAACCACUGGCCUUCCGUGCCUGGUGGUCAUGCAUGGGUGUACUUCUGCCACAGUUGGUAUUUCUGGCAAUCGCACCCAUUUACGUUCUUGGACUCCACCGUUGAAGAAAACAAAAUUGUCUUCGUUCUCAAGACAAAGAAAGGUGCCACCAAUUAUCUCACCAAAUUGUUGGCAACGAGACCUGGAAAGACAGGUACUAUCAGGGUCUGCGUGGAAGGACCAUAUGGCGAAGCUUGUUCUGUCAAGCACCAGGAUAAUGUUGUGUUUGUUGCCGGAGGAAAUGGAAUCCCAGGCAUUUUCUCGGAAUGCUACGACUUGGCUCAAAAGUCUGCAAACAAUGCUAAACAGUGGAUCAAAUUAAUCUGGGUCCUUCGUGAAAUCCUGACCAUUGAAUGGGUCUGGGAAGAAUUGAGUUCCUUGAAGAACACCAAGGUGGAAGCAACAGUCUACAUCACUAGACCUGAAGGGGGUAACGACGACGUUCUUCUUCAACGUAUGACUUGCAGGAGUGAGUCGUCCUCGACCGAUGAAAAAGAAAGUCUCUCUAAAGAAGGGAUGGACAUCUUUGAUCGUCUACGUCAACAUUUCCCUCACGUGACAUUCAAGUCCGGUCGGCCACUGAUGGAUGCUAUAGUCGACAAAGAAACAGAGGAAGCUGCUGGUAGUGCUGCGUUCAUUACUUGUGGACACCCCAUUAUGGUAGAUGACUUGAGAUAUGCUGUUGUCCAGAAAAUCGACAAGACGGAGAAGCGUGUCGAUUUCUUCGAACAAUUGCAAGUAUGGGCAUGAUUCCCUUUUUUUUUGGUUAAGGGCAAGACUGACCUUGAAUAUAUGACCAUGUGUUUUCAUCAAGAGUUGUGUGCGAUGGUAGUAGUUUGAAGUCGAGAUGCGUCAAAAUUGUAAAGCGACAACAUAAAAGGAUUCCCAAAACAAAGAAUGAGUCGAAUGCAUGGAUUUUCUCUAAUUCCUUUGAAAAAUGGACAAACAAUUUUCUCGAGGUGGUACUCAUCCAUCCAGCCGGAAGCAAGUAUAUACCUUUUCCUGCUAGUUGCAGCAUCCAGAGUGCAUAAUGAGAGUCGAGGUACUUGCUGAACCAGCGAGCCAUUUAUUUUUUCAGGAG